CAUUUUUUUGCCAAUGCAGUGUUUUUGAUUCUCGAAUUUUUUAACAAUAUCUAAUAAUAUGCAAAUCGACAAUAUACUGACGAAUGCAUCGCGCGCGGUCUAAUCAAGAAGCUUAUUGCGAAAUUGUUGCCAGUUCGUCAAAAUUCUAACGUACACACAGGUACAUACACACACACUCACACAUUUGGAUUUUAUGUGAGCGGAAUAGGAGCAAAAGGCUCCCAGAAAUACUGAAGGACGUGUAGUGAUAGCUAGCAGCUAGGAGUAACGAUUAAAUGGCCGAUGGCAAUGGUCAUACAGCAGCUGCAGCUUCUGGUGCUGGCAACGGCGUUCUCGCUCUCGCUCUUGACGCUCCCGCACAAACGGUGAACAGCGCCUCCGCCGCCCAGCAACCUGGUAGCUGCAGUGCCGCCGCCAGCAGCAGCAGCAAUGCCACAGCGAGUGGCAGCACAAACGGCAAUGGCAAUCAGGGCUAUUACCAGCUAAGCGUAACAAUUGAAGAAGCUUCGCUGCGCAAUAAUGGUUUUCUCAAGCCAAAUCCCUACGUGGAGCUGCUUAUAGACAGCAAGAGCAAGCGCAAGACAGAUCUGGUAAAGAAUAGCUAUUUGCCCAAAUGGAACGAGGAGUUUACAGUUCUGAUAACACCCAACUCGACGCUGCACUUCAAGGUGCUAGACCACUCGAGCUUUCGCAAGGAUGCCAUGCUGGGCGAGCGCGCCAUACAGCUAUCGCAUAUACUGCAGCAUUAUAAUGGCCGCUGUGAGUUUCUGGAGCUUACCAUCGAUCUGUUUGUGACCUCAAAGUCUGAUAAUCGUCAGACCAAAAGCGGCGAACUGGUAGCCAUACUUAAUGGUCUCAAGCUGGACAUGAGCAAGCUGCAAAUAGUGCAACAAAAUGGCAGCAGCAGCACCAGCAAUACCACCGUACAGGCGGUUAAUCCUGCGCUUACCGAUGCCGCCGCCGCAGGACGCAGCUGCAUGAUCUACGGCGGCGUUCGUGCGCGUAUGCGCCUACGCUCCAGCAAUGCGGAACCGCCGGCGGCCAACCGCUCACCGCUGCCCAAUGGCGCAAGCGCCGAACAGCGACGCUCUGCCGCGCCGCCAGUCUGGGAGCAACAGCAGCUAGCACAGCCACAGCAUCCGCUGCGUCUGGCCAACGGCAGCACAGCAGCGGUGCCGCAGACAGCGUCCUAUCCACAACAACCACCGACGCCCGUGCAAGUGCCGCAACGCGCGUUGCCGCAACAGUAUACGAAUGGCGCCUUGGAGAACGGCGCUCAGGCAGCAGCGUAUAUGGAGCAGCCGGCGGUGGCCAGUGUGCUGCCCAUCAGCAACGGCUCGGACCCACAGCUGCAGACACAGCCGGCUGACGAUGAGCUGCUGCCGGCUGGCUGGGAAAUACGCCUGGAUCAGUAUGGCAGACGUUACUAUGUGGACCACAAUACGCGCUCCACGUACUGGGAGAAGCCCACGCCACUGCCGCCAGGCUGGGAAAUACGCAAAGAUGGACGAGGACGCGUCUACUAUGUGGACCAUAAUACGCGCAAGACCACGUGGCAACGACCAAACAGCGAACGCCUGAUGCACUUCCAGCACUGGCAGGGUCAGCGUGCCCAUGUGGUAGCCCAAGGCAAUCAGCGGUACCUCUACUCGCAGCAACAACAGCAGCCAACGGCCGUGACGGCGCAGGUGACGCAGGACGAUGAGGAUGCGUUGGGUGCGCUGCCCGAUGGCUGGGAGAAGAAAGUGCAAUCGGACAAUCGUGUAUACUUUGUGAACCACAAGAAUCGCACUACGCAGUGGGAGGAUCCGCGCACGCAGGGCCAGGAGGUGAGCCUUAUCAAUGAGGGACCACUGCCGCCUGGCUGGGAGAUACGCUACACGGCCGCGGGCGAACGCUUCUUUGUGGAUCACAACACACGUCGCACGACGUUCGAGGAUCCGCGCUGUCCUGGUGCGCCCAAGGGGGCCAAGGGCGUAUAUGGUGUGCCGCGAGCUUAUGAGCGCAGCUUCCGCUGGAAGCUGUCGCAGUUCCGUUACCUGUGCCAGAGCAAUGCGCUGCCCUCCCAUAUCAAGAUUACUGUGACGCGACAGACGCUGUUCGAGGACUCCUACCAUCAGAUUAUGCGCCUGCCCGCGUACGAGUUACGUCGCCGGCUAUACAUAAUAUUCCGUGGUGAGGAGGGCCUCGACUACGGCGGAGUUUCACGCGAGUGGUUCUUCCUGCUGUCGCACGAGGUGCUCAAUCCCAUGUACUGUCUGUUCGAGUAUGCCAACAAGAACAACUAUAGCCUGCAAAUUAAUCCCGCAUCCUAUGUUAAUCCGGAUCAUCUGCAGUAUUUCAAAUUCAUUGGCCGCUUCAUAGCAAUGGCGCUGUACCAUGGACGCUUCAUCUACAGCGGCUUCACCAUGCCCUUCUACAAGCGCAUGCUGAACAAGAAGCUGACCAUCAAAGACAUCGAGACCAUUGAUCCGGAGUUUUACAACUCGCUCAUCUGGGUGCGGGACAACAACAUUGACGAGUGCGGUUUGGAGCUCUGGUUCAGCGUCGACUUUGAGGUGCUCGGACAGAUUAUACACCACGAGCUGAAGGAGAAUGGCGAGAAGGAGCGUGUCACAGAGGAGAACAAGGAGGAGUACAUCACGCUCAUGACUGAGUGGCGCAUGACGCGUGGCAUUGAGCAGCAAACAAAGACCUUCCUGGAAGGCUUCAAUGAGGUUGUGCCGCUCGAAUGGCUAAAGUACUUUGAUGAGCGUGAGCUAGAGCUUAUACUGUGUGGCAUGCAGGACGUGGACGUCGAGGAUUGGCAACGCAACACCAUAUACAGGCACUACAAUCGCAACUCCAAGCAGGUUGUCUGGUUCUGGCAGUUUGUGCGUGAAACCGAUAAUGAGAAGCGUGCCCGUCUGCUGCAGUUUGUCACAGGCACAUGUCGCGUGCCCGUGGGUGGCUUUGCCGAGCUGAUGGGCUCCAAUGGGCCGCAACGUUUCUGUAUUGAGAAGGUGGGCAAGGAGACGUGGCUGCCGCGCUCACAUACCUGCUUCAAUCGCUUGGACUUGCCGCCGUAUAAGAGCUACGAUCAGCUGGUGGAGAAGCUGACUUUUGCCAUUGAGGAGACUGAGGGCUUCUGCCAGGAAUGAGUGGUGGUCGAUUUGUGGUCGGUUUGUUGAUUAAUGUUUAAUUCCAGUUGAGCGUAAUGCCAUCUGCACCGUCACCCGCCCCCCGCACCCUCCGCUGUCGUCCAUUUGCGUUAAUAGUUACUGUUAUAAAUUAUAUACUUACAAAAGAAACGAAACAAACAUUUACACCUAUGUAUGUACAUAUUCCUAUGUAUGUUUAUCGUUGCGCCCCAAGCACGAGGGCAUUCCUAUGUUUGAAUAACUCUUUUAACUCGGCGUUUUGUCUUCGUGUUAUAUUUAUACAUAUACAUAUUUCAUGCGCUUUGUUCGUUUUAAUGUUACAUAUUUAGAAUUCUUUUAAGUUUAUAUUCUAAUUCCACCCAAACGGUCCACAAAUACACAAUAGUACAGGCGGAUUGAGGAAUACAAUACUACAACCUGAGCAAUAAAUACAUGUAAAUGUGAGGUGAUCGCAUUAGUAAUAAUUUAAUAUAAAAUGUGUAAAUAGUUCAUUAAUGCUGUCGUUAACAAUCAUUGAUUUGGCCCUUUCGGCCAAAUAGUGUCAAGUGCAAGUGCAACCAAGAUACUUCUAAAUACAUAUUCGCAAAUAUUUAUACACGUACACGCAAGAUUUAUAUAAAUGAAAUGCCGUUUUUAACUGUUUAACUAACGUUUAGCACAUAAAUGAAAUAUUUUAGAUACCAAUACCAACUAUUCUCAAGCGAUAAACGUGAGAACUUGCAACGUCGCAAAGUAAACAAUUAAUAAAAAUUUUAUUAGGUUUUUAAAACACACACACAUACAUAUAUACAUAUGCAUAUGCUAAUACAAAUACACUUUAAUCAAUAAUUAUUAGUUUAAAAUAGCAAUAAUUGUUGUUAACAAAUUUGUAGCGCAAAAAGUCGAAAAUAAUACGAAUCGGUCCGUAAGUAAAUGUGGGGAUAGUUAAAAACUAAUGGCAAUUGGCGGGUACUAUAUACAUAAAUUAGUAUAAUUGUGGUUCCGCAAUAACGAAAGUUGUGUAAAGCAAAAGUAUAAAGUUGAUAAAUUGUACGAUUAUCUAUAUACAAACAUAAAGAUAUAUAUAAAGCGCAUUAUAUAGUAUAUGAAAUUAGUUUAAUGCAAUGUGUACUGUAUUAUAUAAA